CUGGCUGUCAAAAGAAGAUAAAUUAUGUGCACUGGACCGCUCCUGCCACUGCGCUGAAGGAGGAAAGCAGACUUUUUUGGGGAGUCCAGCGGCCUUUCUGCAUGCAUUUAGGUCACGUCACUGAUUGAAGCCAUGAAACUAUUAUGUGCGGUGCUGCCAUGGCUACUCUCUGUGGGGGAGCUUCAAGCAAAUGUAAAAUCUUUGUAUCCUGACUCUGAAACUACUGAUGUGAUCAAACCUCAGCAGGUCUCAGGUUACCAGUCCAACCUUCAGUUCCAGCUUCCCAACUAUCGGCCCUGGUCACAUUUCCAGAUUCCUAAUUAUCAGUCCUGGUCAGAUUCCCAGGUUCCCAAUUACCAGUCCUGGUUGCGUUCUGAGGUUCCCAACUAUAAGCCUUGGUCACAUUACCAGAUUCCCAACUAUAAGCCUUGGUCACAACACCGGGUUCCCAACUACCAGGCUUGGUUGCCGUCCCAGGUUUCCAGGUAUCAGGUCUGGCCUCAAUCCCCAGUUCCAGCCCACCAAUACCAGGUUGAAUUCCAGGAUCAGGCCUUCCAGAGCAGUACUGUGCCUCAAAGUCAGGGCACCCAGAGAAGGCCUCAGACUUGGAGGCAAGUACAGAAUUCCCAGCACAAGUUUCCGACACGUACCCAGAGGCAGGGCUCUCAGCGCAGGCUUCAGAUUGAGACCCAGAGACAGGGCUUCCAGGAUAUCCUUCAGACUCAGCCUCAAAGCAGAACUUGGCCUUCUCCUAGGGGCAGGGCUUUUCCCAUAGACAACCAUCAAGCUUGGAAAUAGGCUUAAUUAGAGCACAGGAGGAUGCUCAAGAUAUGUCAGAAAAUGCAUCUUUAACUACUUGGACCCAAUUAAAAUUAUCUUUGUAAAAAUAGUAAUAAAAAAACUUCUAUUUGUUA